CCCGCUCCGUCUGCCUCACCCGCGUGCUGAUGGCCCUCACCUUCCCGCUGUCCUUCCCGCUCAGCCGCCUUCUGGACUGGGCGCUGUGCCAGGAGAUCAGCACCUUCUACACCCGGGAGAAGCUGCUGGAGAUGCUGCGGGCGGCCGAUCCCUACAACGACCUGGUGAAGGAGGAGCUGAACAUCAUCCAGGGGGCCCUGGAGCUCCGCACCAAGGCCGUGGAGGACGUGAUGACCCCGCUGGGGGAUUGCUUCAUGCUCCGCUCCGACGCCGUGCUCGACUUUGCCACCGUCUCCGAGAUCCUGCGCAGCGGAUACACCCGGAUCCCCGUCUUCGAGGGCGAUCUCCGCGCCAACAUCGUGGACAUCCUCUUCGUCAAGGACCUGGCCUUCGUGGACCCCGAUGACUGCACCCCCCUGCAGACCAUCACCCGCUUCUACCACCGCCCGCUGCACUGCGUCUUCAACGACACCCACCUGGACGCUGUGCUGGAGGAGUUCAAGAAGGGAAAAUCACAUUUGGCAAUAGUGCAACGGGUCAACAAUGAGGGGGAAGGAGACCCGUUUUAUGAAGUGAUGGGCAUUGUAACCCUGGAGGAUAUUAUUGAAGAGAUCAUCAAAUCUGAAAUCCUGGAUGAGACGGAUCUCUAUACUGAUAAUAGGAAAAAGGAGAGAAUUCCCCAUCGAGAGAGGAAACAACAUGACUUUUCCCUGUUUAAGCUUUCUGACAGUGAGAUGAAGGUGCAGAUUUCCCCUCAGCUUCUCCUGGCCACACAUCGCUUCAUGGCGACAGAGAUCGAGCCUUUCAAAGCUCCUUUCCUGUCUGAGAAAAUUCUUUUGCGGCUCCUGAAGCACCCACAUGUGAUUCAAGAGCUGAAGUUUGAUGACAAAAAUAAAAAGUCUCCAGAGCACUAUCUUUACCAACGCAAUAAGCCUGUGGACUAUUUUAUGUUAAUCCUUCAGGGUAAAGUAGAAGUAGAGGUCGGCAAGGAAGGGCUACGAUUCGAGAAUGGAGCCUUCACAUAUUAUGGGGUUCCUGCUAUUAUGACAACAGUUUCUUCCGAUAAUGAUGUUAGAAAAGUUGGAAGCUUGGCUGGUUCAUCCUUCCUUUUAAACAGAUCCCCUUCUCGCUGCAGUGGCUUGAACCGUUCUGAAUCCCCUAACAGAGAACGCAACGACUACGGGGGCAGCAAUAACCAGCUAAGCAUCAGCAACAACAACCUCUACAUACCGGAUUACUCCGUGCACAUCCUCUGCGACGUCCAGUAUGCUAAGAUUACAAGGCAGCAGUACCAGAAUGCAUUGACUGCCAGCCGGAUGGACAGUUCUCCUCAGUCUCCUGAUAUCGAAGUGUUCUGUGAUGGAGAAUCGACAAAAGUGACAAAGUACCAGAGAGUGUCCGAAUCUCCGAGGGAUGACGCUGUGACCACAUUACUCAGUGACAGAAACUGCAACUUAGCCAGCAGCAAAUCGGAUGGGUUAAAAAGUCCAAACGAUUCUGUGUUCUUACACAUGGAUGAUAUCCCUCGAAUAACGGAAGAACUUGCAGACACAGAUAAGUGUGAUACCAAUACAGAUACGUGUGGGGUCAGUGUGGACACAGAGCACCCCUGCAAUGAGACAAUCAUCAGCUCUACAACAAGCAUUACCGAGGAGACCCUGGGGAAGAAAUUACUUCGGACAUUGAGUGGUAAAACCAGGAAAAAAUCGAAGGAGGCAGAGAAAAGUCCAGAAGAAAGUUCUGUUCUGCACCUGAUUACAUGAAGGAUCUGCAUUAAGCCUGACAGAUGGAACUGUGGGGUUAUGACAGGAAGUCCUCCACAUUCCUGAUCGUAACUAGAAGAGCCAUUUGUACUCCGUGCCUAUGCACUUCUGUUGCUGAACACUCCUGUACUGUUUGUAAAUCUACAGAUACUUGAAACCUUUUUACAGAGCUACAAAAUGCAAUGUAAGCACAGAUGUCUGCCACUGUUCUACCUGCUGUGCAUGCAAAGAUCAUUCAG